CCCCCAUGAUAAAGUCUACUGUGCAUCCUUUCUGGUCUCUUGCCUUGACCGGCGCCACUUUCAGACUCCCUGUUCAACUGCAACGAUCUUUUCUCCGUCACCUCUUGGCUUACAUAAUGUAAUGUGAGUGCUUGGCGGGGACGACAAAGAAUCAGAUAAAAGGGACUCAUGAGCAUGGACCAGUGCUCCUCACGACCAACGUUUCCACACUCUUUUCUGCUCUUUCGCCUUGUCUGGCGACAUUCUUGCUACCUGCAACAUACACUCCCUAUUCUUUGCAACCACUUUCACUUUUGUCAUCGAUCUCCUUUACUUGCAAACAUCGCUUUGCACAAUGAAGCCUUCGCUUUUCAAUAUUCUUCUCGUAUUUUCUUUAUUUUCCUCCGCGCUUGGUCACGGAUACGUCGAGUCGAUCACCGUGGGUGGCAAGACCUACCCUGGAAAUCGCCCCUACGGGAAGGGCACGACAAAUACGCCCAUCAGGCAGAUUACGACCGUUAACCCCAUCACUGAUGUUGCCUCACCUUCCAUGACGUGUGGGAUCGGUGCCAAGAUUAACACUGCAUUUCUUACCGUCCAUGUCACUGCUGGAUCGGACAUCACCUUCCAUUGGGUAAGCGGCCAAGGAAAAUGGGGUCACAAAACGGGUCCGAUCUUGACCUACCUCGCCAAGUGCGACGGCGAUUGCAAGUCUUUUGAUCCUAGCAAAGCUACAUUUUACAAGAUCUCCCAAACUGGCCGGAAACCCAAUAGCAUGGUGUGGUACCAGGAGGACAUCGAAAAUGGUGCAAGUUACACCACGAAGAUCCCUAAAGGGAUCCCAAAUGGGAAUUAUAUCAUUCGCAAUGAGAUUGUAGCGCUACACUUUGCGAAUAGGAGGGACGGCGCGCAGUUCUAUCCUUCCUGCUCUCAGAUCCGCAUCACGGGCGGGAGUGACGCCCCUAAUUUGGUGGAUGUCACCUCUACCAAAGGUGCCCAGUUUCCUGGCGGCUAUGAGCGGAACGGACCUGGGAUUUACGUCCCAGAUGUCUAUAGAAGCAAGAGCUAUACAUUCCCCGGACCCCCUGUUAUCACCUUCGAUAAAACAGCAAGGAACAGGAACCCUAGUUCUUCAUCUACUUCGAGCCCCAGUAAACCCACCAGCAGUAUUAAACGUGUUAGCUCCAAACCUGUCCUCAUUGUCACUACUACGACAUCUUCCCUCAAGCCAUCUUCGACACCACCAAAACACUGUAUUCGGAGGUCGUCCAAAUUGACCUCCGCAGAUCGUCCCGCGAAGCGCCUGGCUAGCCCAGAACAGAAAGGGAACCUCAGUGUCAUGCAAGAGCGCGCAGUUGGCCUCUAGAUGCAUCGAAGAACGGCUGUUGCGCUCGGACAUGAUCCUUCAUAGGCUUCGAAAUACUUUCCUCGCUGCUCGAUC